AUGGCGGCCAGACCUGGAGAUAAGAAAAGAGUGCUGGUUGUGGGAGCCGGUGCUGCUGGCAUGUCAUGUGCCCAUCACCUUGCUGAGCACCCAGACAAGUUUGAUGUUACUCUCAUCGAUGCAGUGGAUUACUGUGGAGGACAGGCCUUCUCGAUUCCGCUCGACAAAGAACGCCAUGGAGCCAGCUGGUUGAACCAGGGUGUCCAAGGAGGAAGUUACAUCUUCCACCACACCAUGACUAUGUUCGCACGACAAGGGCAUCGCGCUGAUCCAGUCAACCUCCACGUUUCGUUCGGCAAAGAUGACAUUUUUUGGACCAAUGUGUUCCCUACCGACUUACUUGCACGACACCAAGCAGAGAUCAAGAGGUUCAAGCGUAUGUUGACCUUUUCGCGCUGGUUCGAAGUCAUUUUUGCCCUGAUACCCAUCAAGUAUAUGUUUAAGCUGUGGAUGUUUUCUGAGGAGUUCACCAACACUGUUGCCAUGCCUAUGAUCGCCUUGUUUCUUGGAACUGGAAACGAGACACCAAAUGUCCCGUUCAUCGUUCUUGAGCGUCUUGUCACAAGUCCAACGUACGGCCUCUGGUAUCCUCCGGACAAACUUAGCAUCGCAAGCAAUCUGCCGCCUAUGGUCGUAUUUCCCAAGUUCACAGAAUUCUACGGGAAGUGGAAAGACGACCUCAUUUCGAAGGGGGUAAACAUCAGGCUCUCAACGGAAGUUACAAGAGUAGUCAAACGAGAUAAGGAUGGCGUGAUCGUCAAGAUAAUCAAACGCACACCAGUCCCGGACCAGCACAACCCUAAUAGCGCUUGGGUUCCUAACGACCCUGUCAACGCCGACCAGGACGCGCGCGAAGAGACUGAACACUACGACGAGAUUGUUCUCUGCGUUCUCGCCGAUACUGCUAAGCGCAUUCUCACGCCAUGUGCGUCUCUCCGCGAGAAAAAGGUACUUGGAUCCGCGAAAUUCUCUGACGACAUCACGAUCACCCACUGGGACAGCGACUACAUGAAGAAGCAUUAUGAGAACUUUUAUGACGACAAGAAGGCUGCUUCGAGUCUUUCUGGCGUCGACCAAUCUCACAGACUCAAAUACGCAAAGGAGUCAUUCAAACCCAUGUAUUACAUCAAGAUGUAUGACCAAGAUCGCACGAAACUGGAGAUGUGCUUCGACUGCACCAACUACCAGAGUCAGUUCCCACCAGACAUGCCUUUUGACAGACACGUUUUCCAAACCAUAUAUCUAAACAAGCACCGCGAUGGCCACCUCUGGAGCAGCGAGGAGAUCAACAAGGACAAGAUCAUCCGACAGGACUGGUGGCACCAGCUUUGCCACUCGUGGACUCACUACCUGUUUGUCGUUCCCUGGAUGUGGUUGCUGCAAGGCCGCAAGCAUACUCGUUUCGCCGCUGCCUGGACACUCAUCAACGCCCACGAAGUCGCUGUCAUGUCUGGUAUCGCUGCUGCUGUGGAUCUUGGAGCUCAGUAUCCCGAGGACCUCGAGCGCGACAAGUUCGCUCUGCUGAGCUUCCGUCUCUACUACCUACUCACCUACGGCAAGUGGUAUAAGAGGCACGCGACUAAGCAGACUAAAGAGGGUCCUGGCAAGGACUGGGCCAGCGGCUGGUACGGCAGCGUCUACAGAGGGCCUGGUGUGGGUACUACAGAUAGGAAGCAGUGGAGAGAAGAGAACAACAUUGAAGGCGAUGGUCCUGCAUAUGACUGGCCAGUUGAUGCAGGCGCGCGUCACAGAUCAGGGGGAAAGCCUGGUACUGGUGAGGGCGGCAAGGCGACCCAGGAGGGGCUGACUGCUUAA